GAUAGGCUUUAUGUAGUAUGAUAGUACCACCAACUGUCAGCCUAUGGAAUUGCACGCUGUACAACUAAUCAUGCAAACAUAAUAUAUUCCUGAAAUGGUUAAUCCCAAAUUUCCCACAAAGUGCGCGCACGAACACACUUAAAACAGCACCUCAUGGGAACAGUUAAGAGAGUUGUGUGCUGUGUUUAAGUUAAUCGUUAACUAAGGUCUGCAGUCACCUCAAGGUCAUUGAUCUGAAAGUCAAAAACAAACCAGUUAAACUUCUAUCUUGAAGUGGAACAUGGGAUAUGCGACAAAAUCAGCCAAGGAGGUCUUUAAAAAAUAUAUUUUGGCAUCUUUUAUCUAGCGAGUUGUGGGAAAUGGUAAAGUGACACCCCCCUAUGGAUCCACAGGUCCAAUGCAACAGCUCCUCUGACCCAGUAGGUUAUGAAGAAGGAUCAGGUCCAUUUGCAGUCAUCAUUAUUCCAAGCUUGCUGGCUCUGAGCACACUGAUAGUUGUGUCUCAAAUAAUAUGCCGGUAUCUUACCAAAAGGUCACAGACCAGCAGUGAUCCAACAAAUAUAAAUGGGGAGCCUGUAAUUUUAAAUACAGUAUGUGGGACCCCGCAACCUGCUCAGGAUACACUGGGUCUGUGGGAAAUACCUAUUCAGUGCGUCCUGGAGGGGGUUGAGGUCUUUCAAAUGGGACGAUAUGGACCAAUCUGCAAAGGUCUGCUAAAAGAAGACAACACAUCCACUGCUGUAGUGAUUAAAACUCUUAAAGACAGGUCAAAUCAACAUGAGGCUAAAGAGUUUGUGGAUAUGGUCCUAUUUCAUGCGGCAAUAAGCAAACACGAUAACAUAGUAAAAAUGUUAUACUGCCAGACACAACGGAUGCCCAUGUACCUGAUUUUGGAGGCGAGCAUUCCAGGAAACCUUUUGCAUUUCCUCUGGAGUCUGCGAGAGGGCAAAUCUGGUACAGGUGAUAACUCGCAUGCUUUUUCCGAGAGAUCUGUUUAUAUAGUAGCUAAACAGGUGGCAGCAGGUCUGGACUACCUACAUAGCUAUCACAGAAUUAUUCAUGGGGAUGUUGCAGCCAGGAACAUGCUGGUUGGCUCAGGGCUCUCAGUAAAAGUCUCUGGUUUGAAUUUGGCUUUUAAGAGCCGGCAGGCAAAAAUGUUUGAUGAGGAACUGCAAGCUAAUGUGCCAUUAAAAUGGCAAGCACCAGAGCGGAUGAUGAGCCUUCCUAUGACAGACAGAAGUGAUGUAUGGUCCUUUGGAAUCUUGCUUUAUGAGCUGAUAACCCUUGGCUCUCCUCCCUAUCCUGAUCUGGAACCGUCAGAAGUUCUUCCCCACACUUUUGCCCAUUACAGAAUCAAACGACCAGAGAACUGUGGGACCCAAUUAUAUGACCUCAUUAAGUAUUGCUGCAUGUGGAACUUCAAGGACCGGCCUGUGUUCUCUGCCAUUAUGAGACUUCUGGAUUGCUACGUCCACUUUACAGACACAAGAGCUCUUUGCUCUGGACAGCCAAUAGAUAUCUGUGAAUACAGAAGAAAAGCAGGGCUGGUCACAUGAACACGACUUUUAGAAACCAAACCAGCUGUGUUUUUUAUAGUGCUCAUUCAGAUCCAUAGGACUGACAUAUCACAUUCAGAUACUUUAUCAUCAGGCCAUGCAAUCGUGGUAAGUGAUACAGCGGC